AUGAGGAUACAGAGGGCCUCAAACACACACUAUACACAUAUACACAAUACAUACACACAUACACUAUACACACACUAUAUAUAUACACACACACACACUAUAUACACACACACACUAUACUAUACACACACUAUAUAUAUACACACACACACUAUAUACACACAUUAUACACAUAUACACAAUACAUACACAUACACACAUACUAUACACAUACUAUACACACACUAUAUAUAUACACACACACACACUAUACACACACAUUAUACACAUAUACACAAUACAUACACAUACACACACUAUACACACACAUUAUACACAUAUACACAAUACAUACACAUACACACAUACACUAUACACACACUAUAUAUAUACACACACACUAUAUACACACAUUAUACACAUAUACACUAUACAUACACACACACACUAUACACACACUAUAUACACACAUUAUACACAUAUACACUAUACAUACACACACACACUAUACACACACUAUACACAUAUACACAAUACAUACACACACACUAUACUAUACACACACUAUACACAUAUACACAAUACAUACACAUACACACAUACUAUACACAUACUAUACACACACUAUAUAUAUACACACACACACACUAUAUACACACAUUAUACACAUAUACACUAUACAUACACACACACACUAUACACACACUAUACACAUAUACACAAUACAUACACAUACACACAUAUAUAUAUACACGCACUAUACACACACACCAUAUAUAUACACACACAGCGUUCACACACACACUAUACAUUAUACGUACACACACUAUACAUAUAUACAGUAUACAUACACACACUAUAUACACACACACUCACACUAUAUGUAAUAUACACAUGCACACACACUAUACACACACUAUACACACAUACACUAUACACACUAUACACACUAUAGACUAUACACACAUACUAUAUAUACACACACACUUUUCACAGUAUACACACACACUAUACAUUAUACGUACACACACUAUAUACACACUAUAUAUAUAUAUACAGUGUGUGUAUGUGUUUGUAUAGUGUGUGUAUAUACUAUACACUAUACAUACACACACUAUGUACGCACUAUACACACACACUAUACGUAAUAUACACACACAAUACACACACUAUACACAUAUACACACACUUCACACACACUAUACACACAGAAUAUAUACACACACUAUACACACACAACACACAUUAUACAAACACACAAAUAACAAUAAUGCAAAGGGUCUAGCUGGAAUACACUGGUAUGCCAAAAGUCAUGGGACAGCAGUAUGUAAAUUGAUUACAAACUGUUACCUCAGAAAAAAAAAAAAUUGGGAACUCACACACUUGUAUAAGUUGUGAGGUGUUAUCUUGUGAGUGAGGUUAAGCAUUAGCCAUUUUUCACACAUACGCAAUACACACACACAAUACAAAUAACAACAAUUCAAAAUGAUCUAGGUGUAAUACACUGGUAUGCCAAAAGUCAUGGGACAGCAAUCCUGUUGCCUUGGAAUUAUGGCUUGGGAGGGCCUGCAUUUGUAUAAGUUGUGAGGUGCUAUCUUGUGAGUGAUGUUGAAAACUAGCCAUUUUGCACACACACAUACAAUAUACACACACACAAUACAUACACCCAAAUAACAACAAUUCAAAAAGGUCUAGGUGUAAUACACUGAUAUGUCAAAAGUCAUGGGACAGCAGCAUGUAAAUUGAUUCUAAAGUGUUACCUCAGAAUUAAAUCUUGGGAACACCCACAUUUGUAUACAAUGUGAGAUGUUAUCUUGUGAGUGAGGCUAAGCAUUAGCCAUUUUGCACACACACACACAUAUUCAUAUAUGGAGCAAAAAGUGACAGCACACAGGAGCUGACCCCGCCCGUCUCCUCUGGUUUCAGUGUAUUGGUUUUCCGCCCGUGCGGCGCACUAGUGGAGGAAUGUGCUGUACAUAACUGAGAGCGUGUGAUUGUGAACGACCCCGUGGUUCAUUUUUUUUGCUUUUGAUCUUUUGAUCUUUUUUCUCUCGUAUAUCUUCUCUUUCAUUCCUCACUUCUUCCUCAUUUUUUUUUAUUUGAUCAUAAUCGUUCCAUAUGAUUCUCCUCUGUUUUAUCUUCAUUUGCUUCCCUCAGGUGUUUCUUGGAAAAGAGGAGUUUUGAUUCUGAUUAUUGUUACUUAUGAUGAAUUAUUAUGGUAUGGAUUAUCCUUGUUGAUUUUUUUUUUCUUCUCUUUCAAUGUUGUAUAUUUUCAGAUACUGGUAAAAAUUAUCUGUGCAACUUUAUACAUUUAAAACAACUGCACAAAUCA